AUGAGUUCAUCAGAAUAUGUUAUUAGAGCAUCUGCAAUGAGAAAUAAAAUAGAAGAGAAAAUAACUGAAAUUGAGAAGAAAAUAAAUCUUCCAAAUUCCGAGUUACAUUCAGAAUCUUUGGAGUCUAUCUCAAGUCCUCCUGACUACAACAUGAUUCAAGUAUUAGAUGCUAGAAGAUCUCGUAGUUUGUCUGUUUCUGAAUUGAGACAGAGUACAAUUGAUAGAUUGCAAUCUAAUUUGGAAAAAGCUGAGAAGGAUUUAGAGCUAAGAGAGGAGGAAGUUGCUAAAUUAAGAAAAAUAAGAGAUGAAGUUGGAUCUGAAAUAGAAGACCUCACUGCUAGUUUAUUUGAAGAAGCUAAUAAUAUUGCUAAGAAAGCUCAUAUGAAACAACAAAGAGCUGAAAGAAUUGCAAAAGAAGCAAACAUGAAAUUGGCUAUGCUGCAAGACGAAGUUGGAGCUUUAAAAGCAAUUGUUGAAGCUAGUAAUGUUUGUUCGCCUCCAAUUGAUUCUUUACAAGUGACUGAAAGACGACAUAAUAUAUCUCACAGGCAGUCUUAUGAAGUUGAUCCUAUUUUCAACAAAGAAUACAUCGUAUGGCGCCAAAACCCUAGUUUUAAUAAAGAGGAUCCAUUUCUGAAGCGUAUUUAUGAAGAAGAUAUCUUUCCAUGCUUAAAUUUUGCAAAUAAAGAGCUUGCUAAAAAUGUAUUAUCUGCUAUUGAAGAAGACAAAAUGAUAAUUGAGAAAAUCCAUCUAAAUAAAAACGAGCCAUUGCCAAAGUAA